AUGGUGAUUGAAACACUGUACGAUCUGAUUGACCAGGAAGAAGAAGAACACGAAGAAAUCGUAAAAGAGCUCUAUCAAAAAUACAUGGAACAAGACGUACUCUCUGUCGCCGUCGGCACACUGAAAAGAAUGGACGAAACUAAAAAUGAGGAACUUGAAGCUGCGUUCAAAUGUAUUGGAUUAGUUGAAUCGAUUAUUGAUGGAUCUGACGACCAGGAUAUUAUCAGCAAAGUAGCGAAUAGUGGAAGCUUUUUACUGUGGCUUCUUGAAAGAGUUCGAAGACGAACAAUAAACAUGGUAAAAGUCUACGCCGCAGAAAUGCUCUCAAUUUUGCUCCAAAACGAAGAGAACCAAAAAAUCGUCGGUGAGAAGAAAGGAGUCGAUAUUCUGCUCAAGCAACUGGCAUAUUUCAAGAAACGAAAUCCAAAAGGUCAGGAAGAAAUUGAGCUGAUGGAGAACCUGUUCAACUCUCUUUGUCUCGUUGUUCAAUACGUUCCGAACAGGAAAAAGUUCCUUGAAGAUGAAGGCCUUCAUUUGAUGAAUUUAAUGAUCAGAGAAAAGAAAAUGAGCCGCAACUCCGCUUUGAAAGUCAUCAAUCACGUGGUCAGCGGCUACGAAGGCCGCGACAACUCCAUCAAAUACAUCGAAAUUCUCGGACUCAAGACACUGUUCCCAUUAUUUAUGAAAACUCCAAAGCGAAAUAAGAAAACUGGUCAUACCGAAAAUGAUCAUGAAGAAGCGAUCAUAUCAAUCAUCGGAAAUUUAAUGAGAAAUCUAUCCGGAUCCCUGAAGCGAAGAUUGGUCGACAAAUUUGUAGAACUCGAUCAUGCAAAAUCUGAACGACUGCUAGAAUUACACUUCAAAUACGCUGAGAAAAUGGAAGACGCCGAGGAAGAAGUCGAGCAACAAGCAGCUAUGCUCGCUCAAGAAGGAGUAGAAAUGGAUGAAGAUAUGGCAUACGCGCUAAGGCUGGAAAAAGGACUCUUUACCCUCCAACAGAUUGAUUACAUCAUCGUGGAACUCUACGGCUCUGGAAUCGAGUCACUUCGUGAACGCAUCAUCUCUCAUCUUUCCAUGCGCAAGUCCUCAUUGAAACAGAUCCGGGAAGUCGUCAAAGACUACGCAGAUAACCUCGGCGACGGAGAAAACGAAGAAGCCAUCGAGCAAGAGCGCAAUCGUUUGUUAGAACUGGCCAUGGGACUUAUGUAG